AAACCCAAGACCUCAGAGAACAGGGAAUUUAACAUUUAACCGGUAUGUUGGUGGAACGGUACAGUGCUGCCAUUUGCGCAAAGAUGCGCACUAGACCGUCGCGAUAGAAACCAAUCCAACAUGGCUCUAAUUGUAAAUUCAAAAAUGGAUAAAAAGAGUCCUGUACGUCGAGCAAAACGUUCGGCUAAAGUGUUAGAAGAUAAUUUUUGGGAUUGUAGUGUGUGCACAUACAGAAAUACAGCAGAAGCCUUCAAAUGCCUAAUGUGUGACGUUCGCAAAGGAACUUCUACUAGAAAACCUCGCAUAAAUCCACAAUUGGUGGCACAGCAAGUUGCUACACAGUUUUUACCAGCAACAAGUACCCAAAAAAAGGAGAAAAAGGACAAAAAACUUCUUAAAAAACGAAGACAUCCACCUAGACUUAAAAAUGUUGAUAGAAGUUCUGCACAAACCAGGGAAGUAACUGUGAAUAGUGUAACUGUUGUGAUAACAGAGUAUAAACCUAAAGUGAAAAGUGCAGAUACAAUAUCUAGUUCAAGUUCUUCAGAUCAUGGUUCACAAUCGGAGUCCAGUAUGGAUGCUCGGUGAAACUAUAUGUCAACUUGCUAUAUAAAUAAUUCAUAUUAAAUAUGUUAUCAAUGUGAGUUACAAAGGAGUCAACAGAUAUUGGAAUGGAGUGAUAUCAUUUGGACUUUAGCAAAUAUCAAACAAUAAAAGGUAUAUUUUACCAAUACAACUGCCGCUUCAUGAGAAUAAUUCCAGUUCGAAUAAACCAAUUACCUACUAUAUUUCAAAUGUAUAUAGAAUUAGAACAUUUACAAAACUGCUCGUUAACUGCCAAUACCUUUUGAAUAGAUGAAAUUUAUUUUAUUUUAUAGUUCCAAAUACUUUUUGUCAUCUCUUUAGUUGGUCUAUUCUGGUUAUUUCCGGGAGAAAUCUUUUCGAAUGCCACCAUUCAUUUGGAAGUUACAGGUUGCAUUUCUCUCUUAUGGAAGCUAUUUGUAUGUCCAAAAAAUUGAUAUUUUCUACCUCAAUGUUCAUUUUUGUCUAAUCGAUAUCAAACAUAAUAGGUUACUAUUGAUUCCUUUAAUUGUAUAGUUUUUUUCUGUAAAAUAUCAAUGUUUCAAAUUUAAAGAGUUUAAUACUUUCAUAAAAAUCUAUUUAUUCUGUUCAGUUUCAGUAGGUUCAGAAUAUAAACGUUAAACAGAUGUAACAGUUUGGAACUGCGGUUUCUUAAAUUUUGUUUUAGCACUUGAUUGACUCUGAACCAUGUGAUUUGAAUUAAAUAGACCUAUCAAUCUAAUUUAUGAUAUUCAUAAAUGAGUAUAUUUGAUAAUUCAUCAAAUUGUAUAAAAACUUUUAAUAUGUAUAGUUCAAGAUGAAUUGUAAUUUUUUAAAAAUUUCCAAAUGAUAAAAUGAAAAAACACAGCUAUUUAACGUUGAGCUUAAACUGUGAGACAAUUGGCUUCAGGGCUAAGCUGGAUAGAUUUUGGAAAUAAUAUUUUGAAAAGAUCGAAUAUUUAUAUUUUUCAAUGAAGCUUUCAAAUUGUUAAUUUUUAAUUAUUGCUCAAUGUUGAAUGUGAUGAAAAGUUGAUAUCAAGAUUCAAAUAAACCUUGUUCAGAUUAUGUGCAUUGUAAUCGGUGUGAAUACACGUUUGAGAGGAAA